UUUGUGGAGAUCGCGAAAUGCCAAGCGUAGCCGUCAAGCUCUACAGCGUGUUCUUCAAGUUCCUCUUGAAGCACCGUCUCCAGAACCGGAUCCAAACCCGACCCGACGACUUCGACCCGUUCGGCGUCACCUCCCGCCCCGAAGAAACCAUCGCCGCCGCCAACCCCCUCUUCGACGACGACGGCGUCGCCACCAAGGACAUCCACAUCGAUCCUUUCACUUCUCUCUCCAUCCGAAUCUUCCUCCCGGAGUCCGCUCUCAGUCCGCCGGAGCCCUCCGUCAAAUCUAGGCCCAGGCGGCCGGAUCUCAAUUCUCCGUCGGUCUCCGAUUCCGCCCGCCCCAGCCCGAACGGCUCGCCGUUCCAUUCCUCUCGCCGGAACAGCUACGGCAACGCGGCGGCGGCGAACACGUUGAAGGCGGAGCCGAGGAGGAGCAGCUACGGGUUUAGCAAUGACGUCGAGGGGUUGAAUUUGAUGGCCGGAGUUGGUGCCGGAGUGUAUAGAGGCUAUUCGCCGGCGAAUUCGGCUAAGAAGAGCCGGAAAUUGCCUGUGAUUCUGCAGUUUCACGGCGGCGGUUGGGUCAGUGGGAGCAAUGACUCGGUGGCCAACGACUGUUUCUGUCGCCGGAUUGCCAAACUGUGUGACGUCAUUGUUGUGGCAGUGGGGUAUAGGCUUGCGCCGGAGAAUAGGUACCCGGCGGCAUUUGAGGACGGGUUGAAGGUGUUGAAUUGGUUAGGGAAGCAGGCCAAUUUGGCCAAUUUGUCCAUGGGCGGCGCCACCGAGUUGAAGAAGACCGAUAAUCGGCAUAUUGUGGACACUUUUGGGGCUUCAAUGGUUGAGCCCUGGUUAGCUGCCCAUGGAGAUCCAUCAAGAUGUGUUCUCCUUGGGGUGAGCUGUGGUGCAAACAUUGCAGACUAUGUGGCUCGGAAGGCUGUAGAGGCAGGCAAGCUUUUGGAGCCUGUAAAGGUGGUUGCACAGGUCCUCAUGUAUCCGUUCUUUGUUGGCAGUGUUCCCACACAUUCUGAAAUCAAAUUGGCAAAUUCGUAUUUCUAUGACAAGGCUAUGUGCAUGCUAGCAUGGAAAUUAUUUUUACCCGAGGAAGAGUUUAGCUUGGACCAUCCAGCUGCCAAUCCUCUCAUUCCAGACAGACAACCGCCUUUAAAGCUCAUGCCUCCAACCCUUACAGUUGUGGCAGAACAUGAUUGGAUGAGAGACCGUGCCAUUGCUUACUCAGAGGAGCUUCGGAAGGUAAAUGUUGAUGCACCUGUAAUGGAGUAUAAGGAUGCAGUUCAUGAGUUUGCAACCCUAGAUAUGCUUCUCAAGACUCCUCAGGCACAAGCCUGUGCAGAGGACAUUGCCAUCUGGGUAAAGAAAUACAUCUCACUUCGAGGUCAUGAGUUCUCAUAUUAAUUAGGAGACAAAACCACGAUAUUGCUCCACUACAUUUUUUUAUGCCUGUGUAUUCUGUUAGAAGCUAAGCAAAGAG